GUUUUCCAAAAAAUACCAGAGACGAGACGGUCGGUCGGUCGGUCGGCCUGUACGGAGGGUUGAUUCAAUAAUGACACCCGAUGGCUGACACGGACGAGGCAGACUCGUUGACUCCGUGCUGUUUACUGAUCACGCCGGCAUUUGUUUUUGGGUCAGCGUUUUGUCCCUUAUUUCGAUCACUGCGAUCAACACCGCUGUCUCACCCACGGUUCUGCGGUCCCGAGAAGAGGGUACGUCACAAGGACCCGGAGAUAGGAGAAUUACUCUGUGUAGCCACGAUAGCCACGUUCCUCAGUGCGCCUGGGGGGGAUUGAAUUUCCCGCACAUUAAUCUCCCAACGUCGCCCAGAACGCCCCAGAAUGUGACGGCAACUACGCGAGGGACGCCGGUGGAUAAGAG